AAGGGAAAAGGAAAGGUAAAAGAGAGAGAAAGUGAAAGAGGAAGAAGAGAUGACGUGGAUGAAAAAAAGGAUAUUAAAAUUUUUAAAUUAAAUAAAAAUGCCACCUCAUAAAAAAAAGAUGGCCAACUGUGUUUUUUUUUUUCAUGUCAUUAGUCAAGCAAAAAAAGAAUUGAUUUUGUGGCAUUUUAACGUGCCACCUGUCAUUUAACUGACGGAAGGAUCAUUUUGGUACCAAAAAUGAAAGUUUAAGGAUAAUUUUGGUACUUUUUAAAGGUGAGGGAUAAUUUUGGUACCAAAGUGAAAAGUUGAGGGACUAAAAUGAUUUUAAUGGCUAUUUGAUUACCCUACGCAUAGAAACCACACUGCCUCUCCUCUGCAAUCACUGACUACUGCCUUUAAUGGAUCUCUGUGCCCACUAACUACCCCUUCCUCCUUCCCUAUGUCAUUGCCGCUUCCGAUUACCCCGUCCAACUCCGAUCGCGCACCGCACCACCUCCGAUCCGACCGGAUACCUCUCCAAUCGGACCACCUGCUCUACUGGCUUCACGCAUUUUGGUGAAUGUAGUUGAUUCUGUUUCGUCCGUUCGUUGCUUGAGAGAUGAAUCCUCUGUGCUGCAUUGCUCCGGUGUCGAUCGAUCGUGACCGAGUCGGGGAACGGGCGAAUCCGGUGGUGGCGAAAUCAGGUGCGCAGUGUCAGCUGGAGAGUUCCAUUAGGACCGUGAACUACGCCUCCAAACCGAGCUUCUCGUCUCAGGUCUCGUCCGCGAACGCCGAUGCUGACAGAUCCUCGCCGUCGGUUGUGAAUCAUGGCGCAUUCGACGAGGCAAUCGGCGAGCCGAGAGACUCGAAGGCGUGCUGCGUGGCUGGGAUUCUUUAUAAGUGGGUGAAUUACGGGAAAGGAUGGAGGGCGAGGUGGUUUGUGCUGGAAGACGGUGUUCUUUCGUAUUAUAAGAUUCACGGACCUGACAAGAUUUUAACGAGUCCGGCGAGAGACAAGAGUGUUAGAGUGAUCGGCGAGGAGUCUCUCCGGUUUAUGAGGAAGGCCAACUGGAGUAGUCAUCGCCUCGGCCUGGCUAACCGGCGGUGCAAGCCAUUCGGUGAAAUCCAUUUGAAGGUGUCUUCAAUUCGUGCAAGCAAGUCAGAUGAUAAAAGGCUUACCAUAUUCACAGGAACAAAGACUCUUCACUUGCGUUGUGUAUCUAGGGAUGACAGAGCUGCAUGGAUUGAAGCAUUGCAGGCUGCUAAAGAUCUUUUCCCUAGAGUGAUAUCAAGUAGCGAUUUUCAACCUUCUGAGGACGUUGUCGUUUCAACUGAGAAGCUAAGGUUGCGGUUAUUACAGGAAGGCAUAUCUGAGGCAGUCAUCAAAGAUUGUGAGUCUAUUAUGCUGUUGGAACUGUCUCAGAUGCAAAAUCAGCUCAGUGUUCUUCAACAUAAACAUAUAGUGUUAUUGGAGACCCUGAGGCAAUUAGAGACUGAGAAAAUAGAGCUGGAAACUACUGUGGUAGAUGAAACCAAGGAACAUGAGUCAUGUCAUGGACAAGGGAGAAGACUUAGUGAUUUCUACUCUGUCAUGUCAGAGGGCAGUGGAACUGAUUCUGAUGCAGAUAAUGAAAGUCAAGAUGGUGUGGAUGUUGAAACAGAUGAAGACAGUGGAAUAUUUUUUGAUACAAAUGAUGUUUUAUCUGCAGAAGCUCUGAGAAGUGCUUCCUAUCGGAGUAGGGGAGAAACUGGAAAUGGCAGUAUGUAUGAUAAAGAUUCCUUUUUCUCAGAUCGUUUACAUGGGGUCAAUAAAGAAAUUCGGACUAUACAAUACCCAUAUGUAAAAAGGAGGGAUAAUUUGCCAGAACCAAAGGAGAAAGAGAAGCCAGUUGGGCUAUGGUCAAUUAUUAAGGACAACAUUGGGAAAGAUUUGUCAGGAGUUUGUCUCCCUGUCUAUUUUAACGAGCCACUCUCUUCUCUUCAGAAAUGCUUUGAGGAUUUGGAGCACUCAUACUUGGUUGAUCAAGCCUUGGAAUGGGGAAAGCAGGGAGAUGACUUGAUGAGAAUUCUAAAUGUUGCAGCAUUUGCUGUCUCUGGCUACGCAUCAACAGAAGGUCGACAGUGCAAACCCUUCAAUCCUCUUCUUGGGGAGACAUAUGAGGCUGACUACCCUGAUAAAGGACUUCAUUUUUUCUCCGAAAAGGUCAGUCACCACCCAAUGAUUGUUGCUUGUCAUUGUGAGGGAAGAGGAUGGAAAUUCUGGGGGGACUCCAAUCUUAAAGGCAAGUUCUGGGGACGUUCUAUUCAGCUUGAUCCAGUUGGUAUCCUGACCCUGCAGUUUGAGGAUGGAGAGACUUUUCAGUGGAGCAAAGUGACCACUUCUAUAUACAAUAUUAUUCUUGGUAAAAUCUAUUGUGAUCACUAUGGUACCAUGCGCAUAAGGGGCAGUGGCAAUUACUCUUGCAAGCUCAAGUUCAAGGAGCAGUCUAUCAUAGACCGAAAUCCUCACCAGGUAGUUACAUUAGUUCAAGUUGCCACUUGGGUCCCUUGUUCUACUGCGGUCCAUGGAUUUGUUCAAGACAAUAGGACAGGAGAGAAGGUAGCUAUGUUGGUGGGCAAGUGGGAUGAAGCCAUGUACUAUGUGUUGGGAGAUCCAAUUACGAAGCCAAAGGGGUAUGAUCCAAUGACAGAAGCUGUUUUGCUGUGGGAAAGAGACAAGUCUGUCACCAAGACAAGAUACAAUCUCACUCCGUUUGCCAUAUCUUUAAAUGAAUUGACUCAUGGCUUACUGGAGAAGUUGCCGCCAACUGACUCAAGACUGAGGCCGGAUCAGAGACAUUUGGAAAAUGGGGAGUAUGAGUUGGCAAAUGCUGAGAAGCUGAGAUUGGAACAGUUACAGAGACAGGCAAGGAAGUUACAGGAGAAAGGAUGGCAGCCAAGAUGGUUCAGUAAGGAUGAGGAUGGUUGUUAUCGUUAUGUUGGUGGAUACUGGGAAGCAAGAGAAACAGGAUACUGGCUUGGAAUCCCUGACAUCUUUGGCCGGAGUAGUGAUUCACCUUUUUGUUUGGAAGAAGAUUAAACUAUCUAUUGGCUCAGUUUGCUUGGUAUAUUUUCAUUAUCAUUUCAUCUGAGUCUUUCUUUUCCCAUCUCAACUAUGUUUUUGUGGGGACUCAUGAAAGUUAUCGAAAGGGCCUAUUGCGUUGCAGCUAAGAUUUCAGUUCUAACAUGGUGUACCCAUCAUCAAACGCACUCAUUUCACAACCACCGUACCUGACAGUCUCCUACGCUUUCGCUUUGAGAGCAGUGGGGAAGACUGUUUCAAUGCAUAUCUUGCUUCUAAUAGGUAUAAAAGUUUUUGACCAGCAAAAUUGGUAUCUUUAAAUGAAAAAAUGAUAAACUUUAUAUCUUUAUUUACAUCUGUUCUCAAUUUUUAUAUAUAGGUCGUCCAUUUGAAUCUUGACUUGUGUGGUUAAUUUGUUGAUUUUUUUUUUCUUAUUACACUACCUUGGUCAAAAUGGCUCUGUUGACGACAUUGUGCUACUAAAUUGUAGAAUACAGCUUAACCAAGUACGUAAAUAAUCCAUCAUAGCACAAUUUUGAAAUUCAGAUUGUUUUUUAUUGUAAGUAAUUUUUUUAAUCUAUCAUCAUGAAAAGUACUUUACAUUGAUCUGAGGUUGUUUAGUUUAGUAGACUGCUUGGAGACAAAUGAUAAAAGCAGUACUUAUUC